CUGGCCACUGGGGCCGGCCUCCGUCCCCCAAGAAUAUAUAAAGAGCCCUAACCCCAGCAAGGCGGACCCAGGCCGCCAGGCUUCUGCCCUUGUUAAUUACCAGAGAAACCGACCUGGGAGCUCCGCCUGGGGUUUGCUGGCCCACAGAGGCGCAGGCUCCAGUUUCUCUCCUGUCUCCCUCGCUGCAGUCCAGGUGCACCACCAGCCUCACCACAGAGGAUGGACAUGAUGGACAGCUGCCAGUUCUCGCCCUCGGAGUACUUCUACGACGGUUCCUGCCUCCCAUCCCCUGAGGGCGAGUUCGGGGACCAGUUUGAGCCUCGAGUGGCUGCGUUCGGGGCUCACAAAGCAGAGCUGCAAGGCUCAGACGAGGACGAGCACGUGCGAGCCCCUACAGGCCACCACCAGGCUGGCCACUGCCUCAUGUGGGCCUGCAAAGCAUGCAAGAGAAAGUCCACUACCAUGGAUAGGCGGAAGGCUGCCACCAUGCGUGAGCGGAGACGCCUGAAGAAGGUCAACCAGGCUUUCGAGACACUCAAGAGGUGCACCACGACCAACCCCAACCAGAGGCUGCCCAAGGUAGAGAUCCUCAGGAACGCCAUCCGCUACAUCGAGAGCCUGCAGGAGCUGCUGAGGGAGCAGGUGGAGAACUACUACAGCAUGCCAGGACAGAGCUGCUCAGAGCCCACCAGCCCCACCUCCAACUGCUCCGACGGCAUGCCUGAAUGUAACAGUCCUGUCUGGUCCAGAAAGAGCAGCAGUUUUGACAGCAUCUACUGUCCUGAUAUACCAAAUGUAUAUGCCACAGAUAAAAGCUCCUUAUCCAGCCUGGAUUGCUUAUCCAGCAUAGUGGAUCGGAUCACCAACUCAGAGCAACCUGGAUUGCCUCUGCAGGACCUGGCCUCUCUCUCCCCAGCUACCAGCACCGAUUCACAGCCUGCAACUCCAGGGGCCUCUAGUUCAAGGCUAAUCUAUCAUGUGCUAUGAACUAAAAAUCUAGUUUUGAUCAGUUCCGCCAGGAGAGCCUAUUACACAAGAGGAAGUUUGUCUGAAGAGUCAAAAAGCAAGUCAACCUAUAUACAGAGAUUUCCUUUCAGUUGUAGAUGUGUACAUAUUAUCUUGCCACUUUAUAAGAAAAUGUAUUUAAAAACUAACCAUUGUCAUUAAUACAUUUUUCUUUUCUCUCCCUCCCUUUACCCCCCUCUUUUUUCUUAUUCUUUGCUUUAGAUACUUGCUUCCAAUAAUAUUAUUUCUGAAAGGGGCAAUUCA